AUAAAAUACAGCCACGUAAAGAAACUUCACAAUAAUAUUCAAAAAGCCUCAGUUUAUCUUAUCUUUCUUAUGGAGAAUGUACUCGAGAUGUSAUAAGGACGCAUGCAGCUCAUCAAGUCUGUUUUUAAAAUAUAGAUCGUUCUUCUAAAGGGUUUUUAAUCGGCAUUGCAAGUUUUCCAAGUCAUCAUGACUUCGCAAUUUGGCAAUGGUAAUGUUAUCGUAGUGACGGAAGAUCGGCUUUUUGAUGUGGAGCUGGACAGAGCUGGGAAGAAGCUGGUUGUGGUUGAUUUUACUGCUUCUUGGUGUGGGCCAUGUCAAAAGAUUGGACCAGUUUUUGUCCAGCUUAGCAUGAAGUUCAUGUCUGUCACAUUCUUGAAAGUUGACGUUGAUCAAUGCCCAUUUACAGCAGAGACUAAUGGAAUUAGAGCAAUGCCCACAUUCCAGUUUUUUAGAAGUAAAAUUAAAGUUGGUGAAGUGAGAGGUGCAGAUGCUUUAGGCUUGGAGAACAAGAUCAAAGAACUGGUUGACCCUCCACACAUCAAUAAYCACAUUGUUAUUGAUCCUAAGAGAAUAGCUGUUGGUAGAAGUUGGAGUUGUUUUCAAGAGCUGACAUCCAAUGAAAAAGAUAUCUUCAUGGACACUUCAGAUCUUAUCCUCAAGUUUGCUAAWAACAUUUUGAAUAACCCAAACAACAAAAAAUACAGGUCAAUCAGGAUUGGAAAUAAGAUAUUUCAAGAAAGGCUUUUGCCGGUGAUGGGGGGUGUAGAGUGUUUAUUUGCUAUGGGGUUUGAAGAGCAAGACGAUCAUUUAGUGUUCCCGACAAAGACAUCUCUAGAUGCAUUAAAAACAUUGAGAGACGCCAUUCACGAUGAAAGGACUCAAAAAGCGGUGUCUCCAUGCAGUGGUYUGCCCAAGCCCUCCCCGUCCCUACAUAGUACAGAUCGCCAGAUGAAUAAGCAAACAACUACGCCAUCUGCAGCUAUAUCAACCGAAGGAAUGGCUCCAAACCAACUUCAAUUUUACGCAAAACUACGAAGUUCGUCUGAUCACGUGAUGCUGUAUGAAGAUCCAGACCUUCAGCGACGUGCACGCGCACUUAUUCCUUUGUCACGGCUCGAAAGUAAAGCCGAAUUGAUGAGUCAAAACAGUAAGCAAGGAAAGGAAAAAGGAAUACACGCCCGAGACUGCUUGAUACUCGCUUUGUUGGACUGGUUUAAAACAGAAUUCUUUAAAUGGAUAGACAAACCUGAGUGUCCUCCGUGCAAGACACAAGGUCAAUUUCUAGGAAUUGUUCCUCCGACGUCAGAAGAAGAACACUGGGCGGCAGGAAGUGUGGAGUGCUACAGCUGUACAAAAUGUCACGGAAUGAUUCGUUUUCCGAGAUACAACCAUCCAGCUAAAUUGCUCGAGACUCGUCAAGGGCGAUGUGGUGAAUGGGCCAACUGCUUCACCUUAUUUUGCCGUUGCCUAGGAUACGAGUGUCGUCACGUGGUCGAUUGGACUGAUCACGUGUGGACUGAAGUKUAUUCAGAGGCACAACAAAGAUGGUUACACUGUGACGCCUGUGAAGGAACGUGUGAUAAACCUCUCUUGUACGAGGCCGGAUGGGGCAAACGUCUGACAUACAUCAUUGCUUUCUCAGUAGAUCAGAUUGUCGAUGUCACGUGGAGAUAUUCAGCCAAUCACAAUCAAAUCCGACAACGCCGUAAGGAGGUAUCUGAGAGUUGGUUGGURACGACAAUUGGAAAAAUGACAGAACAGCUUCAAACAUCGAUGCCUGUAGAACGCCGCCAAAUGCUUCAAGCGCGUCUUACGAAAGAAUUGGUGGAAUUCAUGACAGUAAAGUCUGUUAGURACGAUGAAUUACAGGGUCGUAUCUCAGGUAGCAUGGCCUGGAGAACAAUGCGUGGAGAACUGGGACUAGACAAAUCAACCAGGUUUUCUCCUUACACGUUCAAGCCAACAGAAACGGAAAUAACAAACAAAAGAAUACGUAUCCGUUACUGCACAUCCUCCGAUAGCUACUACCGCUGUGCAGAUGACACGAUAUCCGAGGGCGUCAAAGCUGAUUUGAUUGGAUGGAAAAGCGGUGCGAAUGCUGUUAAGUCGAUAUUCCGAAAGGUUGAAACAGACUGGAAAAUG